AUGAUGCUGACUCAAAAUUCUCCUCAGUGGUCGUUUAGCGGCAUAGUUGAGAGAGUCGACGACUGGGAGAUUGAGAAGACGGAAGGCUUUGAUACUAGACGCAUCAUAGGAUGGACUUUUUUCGAAGUUCGCCAGAGAAAUCCUACCGGAGGAAUUCCAACGUACUGUUAUACUGGUGUUGCCAAAGUUGUAUAUGACACGGAGCUCAAGCGAUUCAAGACUUAUCGGGACGGAGAAUCUACAGGCAGUCACGUACUCUUUGGGGGUCAAGGAGUCUACAACGGCAAGGACAUAUACGUCGCACGAGUACACGUCAACUUCGCAAACCAACGCCACUUUUAUGAAUACUGGAACGGUACAAGAUGGGACAGUAACGUGAGAAAUUGUGUUACUAUUAUCCGGGACAUGCAGCACGGCCAAAUUUUCUGCACGAACAUGUUCGGAGAAGGUCAGCCAUAUACGUGGGCUUUUAUAGGCUGCAAUGCACGGGGUGACAGCAAAGUUCAGAUGGGAAGAGCCAUGUCACCAGAAGGUCCAUGGGAAGUCAGAGAGACGACCGCCUCGCUGUAUUGCCUCACGGAUCCCCCACCAAACCCAUACCAGUAUUGUGUCUACCCACAUCCCUGGGCUGACAAGACGGAAGAGACUGGGGAUCUCACCAUCUCUUGGUCGGAGGGAGGCCUGACCGGUGCUGUUCUUAUGUCGAAAAUUCGUUUCCAAAUGCAAGAUGUUCUUAUCUAG